AUGACCAAGCUUUUCGAACCUCUCCGUGUCGGACGCGUCGAGCUCAAGAACCGUAUUGUUCUGGCCCCAUUGACCCGGUUCCGCAACGAUGAUGAGCACAUCCCACUGCCCUUUGUAAAGGAGUACUACGCCCAGCGCGGCUCAUCACCGGGCACCCUCCUCAUCUCUGAAGCCGCACUGAUCACUCCCCGCGCCGGAGGAUACGCCAACGUUCCAAUAAUCCACAACGAUGCCCAGAUCGCUGCGUGGAAGGAAGUCACCAACGCCGUACACGCUAAGGGUUCUUACAUCUAUAUGCAACUAUGGGCCUUGGGCCGUGCUGCCAACCCCGAGCAGCUGAAGAAGGAAGGCGAUUUCGACGUCGUAUCCAGCAGCGCAACCCCUAUAUCUUCCGACAGCCCUGUCCCGCGUGCCCUGACCGAGACCGAGAUCGAAGAGUGGAUCGCUGACUACGCACAGGCCGCGCGCAAUGCCAUCGCUGCCGGCUUUGACGGUGUUGAAAUCCACGGCGCGAACGGAUAUCUGAUUGAUCAGUUCAUCCAGGAUACAUGCAACAAGCGCACUGAUCGCUGGGGCGGCAGUGUUGAAAACCGCUCCCGCUUUGCGCUCGAGGUUACUCGCGCCGUUGUUGAGGCUGUCGGUGCCGACCGUACUAGUAUCCGCCUGAGUCCCUUCAGUCCCUUCCAGGGCAUGAAGAUGGAAGACCCCUACCCGACUUUCACAUACUUGGCAGAGGAGUUGAGCAAGUUCAAGCUUGCCUACACACAUCUUGUUGAGCCGCGUGUUGCCGGUUUUGACAUUAUUGAGACCCCCAACUCCCUGGACUUCUUCUUGAAGGCCUACAAGAAAGCCAGCCCUGUUAUUUUCGCUGGCGGAUUCAGUUCUGACUCGGCGCGCGAGGCUGUUGAUAAGCAGUACAGUGAGUAUGAUACUCUCGUUGCCUUUGGUCGGGCUUACAUUUCCAACCCCGAUCUGCCAUUCCGCGUCCAGGAGAACGUGAAAUUCCUUGACUAUGACCGUAAUACUUUCUACCUUCCCAAGGACCCCAAGGGAUAUACCGAUUAUGAGUUCAGUGAUGAGUUCAAGGCCAAGUUUGUUGCUGUUGCCGCCUGA